AUGCCCUACACUGCGCCUUCGCAGUCGUCGCCCCUCGCGGAUGGACUUCAGAACUCAACUACAGCGCUCCAGCCGGCUGCCCAGCCAUCUGAACCGGUCAAUGCCGUCCCUGGGCGGCCUCGCCUCCCCUUUUCCUAUUCCUCCACAACCUAUGUCCGCAGACACCGCAGAAGUCCAUCUGUGAGCAAGGCUGUCAUCCUUCCGGCGGUGGAGGCCUCCUCACUUGAGGUUUCUCGGAUCCACGAUGUCGACCCCCGGUCGAGCGUACGGCAGUCCCCUCCGCCACUGACUGAUGCUACCAUCCCCCCAGGCGCUGUUAUAUCUCCCCCGGAGUCGGUAGCUAACUCCAGUGAUGAUGAGGAGGGGGAGCGAAGGAAGAAGACGACGACGAUGAUGAAGCCCUCGUUGGAUGGGCUGGAGGAAGCGAUCAAGUCGAUCCAGAAGGAGCGGGAGAUAUCCCCCGCGGACUCGACUAGAAUUGAGCAAAAUGGCGACUCGUCCGGCGACGUAUCUCCAUCGACAGCCACCCCACCACAGAUCCCAUUGCGUGCGCCGCUGUCUAGAGAAGCGAAGAAGAUUUCACACUCCCGCUCCUCUACAGAGUCUUCUAUUGUGGUACCUGGACUCCCUCUUUCCUCCUCUGAUGAUAGCGACCAAGAAAAUGAAUUGCAGGGGGCACCUCCCAUGGUGCGGAAGAAGUCUGGUGAACUGGUUCGACCGGCUCUCCGCCCUGCUUCAGCCAAGAGACGGCCAUCUAGCAUGCCGGGAACCCCCACCUUCGCCAAAGCGGUGCACUUUGAUGCUCAGCUCGAGCAUAUCCGUCACUUCCUACAGUUGGACAGGCCGCUCGCUGUGAGCGCAGAGACUUCCCCGACUGAAGACUACGAGGAUGACGCCGAAUAUCCUUUCGGCAGCGGUCCAAGAGGACCAGAGUUCGAGUGGGAACUGCGGCUACCAAAUUUCCCCCGGGAUCCAUCUGCGAGACUGCACCAAGUGGUUCGCCUGGAACGCCUCUUCAUGUCGUCUGACAACAAGAACCUGGUUGGAGUCGUCGCUGUCGCCAAUCUUGCCUUUCAGAAGCUCGUGGUAGCUCGCUUCACAUUGGAUUAUUGGAGGACCAUUUCCGAGGUCACGGCGGAAUACAAUCACGAUGUCCGUAGGAAACAGGCUCAUGAUGGAUAUGAUAGGUUCAACUUCAGCAUCAAGCUGGCUGACCAGGCAAACCUCGAAUCCAAGACGAUGUUCAUUUGUGUCCGGUACAACAUCCAGGGACAGGAGUACUGGGACAAUAAUUCUAACCUGAACUAUCAAGUCGACUUCAUCAAGAAGCCAAAGGCCGGGAUAGAGAAGCACAGCGUCCCAGGUGUGGGACCUCGCCAUGCCCUGCCGCGAAGCAGAAAUCCAUCGGCGCCCAGUGUCCCCAGGCCGCGCUCGAUGCCACCCUAUUUUGGUGACCUUGUUUCAGCAAUGGACAACUAUGAUCCUUUUCGACGACCUGACACCACCGCGAAACGUACGGAUUCCUCUCUGCGGUUCUCGUCCCGCCAGGCUUUCGGCAACCGAUAUGAUUUUGGAGUGUCCCUCUCUGCGGCGAUGCAGAGGAAGGACACUGCUCAGGACCGAACAGUGUUGUCGGCCAGAGCCAGGCUCGAUUCUGCAAGCAGGCAGAAUGAGCGCGCGAAGGAGGAGAGCGGGCCACUGACAGGCAAGGCCACACCUCCUCCUGGCCUGGCUAGUAAUUCAGCUCAUUCUGAGUUCUUGAAGCCCUCCUCUAUUGUCUCUAGCAAACCGCAUCACGAGUCGACCACCUACAGAGAGCUGGUCGACAAGUACUGCUUUCUCUUCACUAACCAGUCCCAGUAUGGUUCGCCCAAGAGUCCCUUUUCCAGCUCGAAACGAACUGAAACUCCUAGCUGGGAGUUCGCCGCCGACGGUGCUUCCGGCGGAUCCACUGCUUCCUCGUCUUCUUCUCUUCGGCCAUCUGGAUAUGGCGAGAAAUCUGAUUCUACAGUUGCGAGUAGUUCUACUCCUCGCUCGCAAUCUCCUUCUGCGGCUCGUUCGAGUUCACAUGCAUCAACGCCGCUUAAAUUUGGCUUUCCCUACCAAUCGCUACAAACCAACAUAUUUUCCGAGUCCAGCGCCCCGACUGCCAUUCACGGAUAA